AUGGUGUCAUUACUGCAGCGCAUGCGCAAGCUGCAAACUGUAUACAUACAGCUCCUCGCCAUCCGUCUCGGUCCCGGCGCAGCAGUCCUCCCCAAGGAAGUCUCCCGUAUCCACAUGCGCUUCGCUCCCAAAAUCGAUGGCGGUCACAUGGGUUCCAAGAAAUUCUGGCGCCACGAACUCGUCCGUCUAAAGUUUCACAACCCUGCCAUCCCCAUGACUCUCGACCGUACCGCCGCACAAACAGACCCGGCUCUGAUGACCGUCUUCUUCGCCGACCCGGAAGCCUCGCCCACCAGUGGUGCCGCUCCCACCACCAGCACGAGUGGUGACAAGGAACCCAGCAACUACUCGCCCAGCACGAGGACAGAGACGAUCGACAUGACAAUGCGCACCCCGGAGAAUAUCCUCGCCGAUUUGAUCAGGAUCACCAACGCAAGACAAGUCGAGGCCACACAGGAAGAGUUGGAGACAUUGCGUUCGCUCGAGGAGCAACGCCUUCGCAGCGAGAAAGACAGCAAGCUCAGUUUGGAGGUUAGAGAAAAGAAGAAGAGAGAGGAGGCUCUACUGGCCCAGGCAAGAGGCGAUGUCGCUUCGGCUGUCUAA